GCACGGUUAUGCGGGUGUUUGCAGGGCUGUGGGGCGGGUGGCUCUUCUGCCUCGCCUGGGUCGGCGUUUUCGGGCGCGCCCGGAGCAUCUUCGCCCAUCCUCGCCUCUACGCGGCCUCCCGUCCCGAUUCCUCCCGGCUCGUGGGGCUGCGCGCUUACCGCACUUGCUAUAUCGCCCAGAAGAUCGAUCACUUUGGUUUUGCUGAAGACCGCACGUUCAAGCAACGCUACCUCAUCGCAGACCAGCACUGGAAGAAAGACACGGGGACAAUCCUUUUUUACACUGGCAAUGAAGGAGACAUCGCCUGGUUUGCAAAUAAUACGGGUUUCAUGUGGAAUGUGGCCGAAGAAUUGGAUGCGAUCCUGGUUUUUGCUGAACACAGAUACUACGGGGAAUCCUUGCCGUUUGGAAAUAAGUCGUACACCGAUGCCAAGCAUUUGAAUUACCUGACUUCGCAGCAAGCUCUGGCUGAUUUUGCGGUACUUAUCCAACACUUGAAAAAUACGAUUCCUGGAACGCAGAAUACUCCAGUGAUAGCUAUAGGAGGGUCUUAUGGUGGAAUGCUUGCUGCCUGGUUCCGAAUGAAAUAUCCCCACAUAGUAAUUGGAGCUCUGGCUGCGUCAGCCCCUAUUUGGCAGUUCGACAGCUUGGUUCCCUGUGGUUCUUUUCAUAAGAUAGUGACCGAAGAUUUCAAAAAAAGCGGGAUUGGCUGUUCGGAAACCAUCCGAAAUUCCUGGGCGGCCAUUAAACGUAUUGCUGACACAGAGAAAGGCUUACAGUGGCUUUCCCACACAUUUCGUUUGUGCAGCCCCUUGAAGACCACAACAGACCUCAUCACCUUCAGAGAAUCCCUGAGAAGCACAUGGAUAUACGUGGCCAUGGUAGACUAUCCGUAUGAAGCCGCCUUCUUACAGCCUCUCCCUGCCUGGCCAGUUAAGGUUAUCUGCAAAUACCUGAAAAAACCUAAACUGCCGGACAAGUUGUUGCUACAGAAUGUUUUCCAGGCUGUAAACAUCUACUACAAUUACACGGGGCAUGCAUCCUGUUUGAACUUAACUCGGACUGCUACGAAAAGCCUGGGCCUCCAAGGCUGGUCUUACCAGGCUUGCACCGAGAUGGUAAUGCCCAUGUGUUCAGACGGUGUCAACGAUAUGUUUGAGCCACAGAAAUGGGACCUCCAUGCUUACUCGGAGGAAUGUUUCAAAACCUGGGGGGUACGACCCCGCCCUUCCUGGAUUACCACCAUUUACGGUGGGAAAAACAUAAGUGCGCACAGUAACAUCAUUUUCAGCAACGGAGGGCUCGAUCCUUGGACCGGCGGUGGCGUGACAAAGAACAUCACGGACACUCUCGUGGCCAUCAUGAUCCCGGAAGGAGCUCAUCAUCUCGAUCUGCGUGCCAACAACCCUUAUGACCCCAUCUCCGUUCUGCAGGCUCGCCUCUUGGAAGUCCACUACAUGAAGUUGUGGAUACAGAAGCACAGGAGGGUUAAAAAAUGCCCAUAGUAACUGGAUAAUAGUGGGGGCUUUGUGCGGCAAUGGUUAGCCUUUGGUGAUCGUCUUCUUUCUGGAUUGUCUCUUCUUCAUCUUCAUCUUGCUGAGCUUUCUUUAGCUUCUUUUAAUUCUCAAUCAAGAGGUCCGUUUGAGACGAGCUGGAACUGACACGGCCUAGCUUUGGUUAGUGACGUCUGGAGGUGGGUUGCUACCGGUUCGCACCAGUUCAGAUGAACCAGUAGUUGAAAUUGCGACUGGGUCGCCGAACCGGUAGGGACGACAGACUCGUGACCCCCCGGGGAACCAGUUCCCCGGUCACCGCGGCAUGUUUUAUUGACAUUUUUAAUGUUCUGCGCAUGCACAGACCUAUUUACA